CGGAAGUGUCAUGAGAGAUCGAUUGGUGUUUAGUGUUGGUUCGAUAAACGAGCGAUUAACCUACUAAUAGUGGUUCUUCUUCUUUGCAUUAAGAUUCUUUGUAAAGUUUGAUUCCAGCAGUUUAUGAGUGUGCAGUCUGAUGUUGAUAGACACAAAGGUAUUAUGCCAGGGUUAGAUUUAAAGUUUCUGGAGAGACCGAGGAGGAGCUUUUAUUGUCCUCUGUGUGAAAAGCCGAUGCGGGACCCCGUGCAGAUGUCCACCUGCGGACACAGAUUCUGCGACACCUGCCUGCAGGAGUACCUCAGUGAAGGUGUGUUCAAGUGCCCAGAAGACCACCUGCCGCUGGAUUAUGCCAAAAUUUUUCCAGAUGUGGAGCUGGAACAGCAGAUUCUUUCCCUGCCCAUCCGCUGCAUCCACAGCGAGGAGGGCUGCCGCUGGACUGCACAGAACAAGCUCCUGCAGGCCCAUUUGUCCGUGUGUGAGUUUAACGUGGUGUCAUGUCCAAACCGCUGCUCUGUGAAGCUGCUGCGACGUGAUCUGCCGGAGCACCUGCAGCAUGACUGCGUGAAGAGAAAACUGCACUGUGACCACUGCGGUGACGAGUUCACUGGGGAGGCAUAUGAGAAGCACCAGGGUGUUUGUCCAGAAGAGAGUGUGUACUGUGAGAAUAAAUGUGGGGCUCGUAUGGUGCGGAGACUCUUGGCCCAGCACUCUGUGUCCGAGUGUCCCAAACGCAAACUGCCCUGCAGAUACUGCAAAAAAGAGUUCCUCUAUGACACUAUUCAGCAUCAUCAGCAGCAGUGUCCAUGCUUCCCUAUGCAGUGCCCUAACAGAUGCGGCACAGCAGGAAUCACUCGAGAGACUUUAAUGGCACAUGUAAAGGAAGGAUGCAGCACUGCGAUGGUGCUUUGCCCGUUUAAGGAGGCUGGCUGCAAACAUAGGUGCCCUAAGACUGCAGUGGGGCGACACCUUGAGGAGGCCACACACACCCACCUCUCUCUUCUCGGUGGACUGGUGAAUCGCCAGAGGCUGGAGCUCAGGGAACUCCGGCGAGCGGUGGAGGAACUCUCUGGAAGUCGAGAUGGCACGCUGCUCUGGAAGCUCACAGACUUCAGUCAACGGCUACAGGAAGCUAAGAUCAGGACUUCUGGGAGUUUGGAGUUAUUUAGUCCCGCCUUCUAUUCCCAUAACUAUGGCUACCGUCUACAAGUGUCCGCCUUUCCCCAUGGGAACGGUAGUGGCGAGGGCUCUCACCUGUCAAUCUACAUUCGCAUUCUGCCAGGAGAGUACGAUGGGCUGUUGGAGUGGCCUUUCCCUUACCGCGUUUCCUUCUCGCUCUUGGAUCAGAGCGACCCGGCGCUCACUAAACCUCAGCACAUCACAGAGACCUUCACCCCAGAUCCCACCUGGAAGAACUUCCAGAGGCCACGGCCUGGAGCUCUGGGAAGUGUUCGUGGGGGUUGUCUGGAUGAGAGCAUGCUGGGCUUCGGCUACCCAAAGUUCCUCUCCCAUGAGGAGAUGAGGAAAAGGAACUAUAUCAGAGACAACGCUAUUUUCAUUAAAGCCUCCGUAGAUGUUGUCCAGAAGAUACUGAACUCCUGAGUUCUGAAAUAAAUGUUAAAUAAUGUGAAAAAUUAUCACUUGUGGGCCGUUUUGCUUAUAUUCAAAGUAAAGAUGUAUAAUUUUUUGUUUAAAUAUAAUCAGGGCUUUAACACAAAUGAAGGAUAUUUAGAUACUGAGAAGGAUAAGAAAUGCAAAUUCAAUGUCAUUUGCAUGUAUUUUCCUGGAAAAAGGUUUUUUUUUCUUUCAAAUAAACAUGACA